UGACUGGGUUUUUUUGCACAGGUAGCACUGGCUGAAUUUCUGGGUCACCGGCAUCAGCCUUAUAAUCGACCCAAAACUCCUAUUUAAAAGCUAAAGUGUCUUGGCGUGCAUGCAGGAUUUGGGGAGAGCUCUUAGCGUGCUUCAGCUGUAGCCUAAUUGAGUAGAGCUCAACUUGGACGACACACUCAUUCAUCACGUAACGUCAAGGCUGAUUCGAAGGCACGUGCCUGUAGUUCUACUUGGGGUUUCAAAGUAGCGGUAGUGAAGUCUUGUCAUCUUCACAAAGUCCUUGAAAAAAGAUUGGGACCAUGGCUGGGCUAUGGAGGUCCUAUCAGGCUCUUAUGGCCAAACACCCCUGGACAGUACAGAUUAUCACUGCUGGCUCUCUUGUGGGGGUGGGCGAUGUCAUCUCCCAGCAGCUGAUUGAGCGGAGAGGUCUGGCCAAUCACAACGUGCAGCGGACUGCCAAGAUGAUGAGCAUCGGCUUCUUCUUUGUUGGUCCAGUCAUAGGGGGCUGGUACAGGGUCCUGGACAGGCUGGUUGUGGGAGAGACCAAAAGUGCUGCACUGAAGAAAAUGGCCAUUGACCAGGUGGGCUUCGCACCGUGCUUCCUGGGGGCGUUCCUGGGCAUCUCAGGUACCCUGAAUGGAUUGACGCUGGAGCAGAAUGUGGCCAAGCUGAAGAGGGACUAUGGAGAUGCCUUGAUCUCAAAUUACUAUCUCUGGCCCCCAGUGCAAAUAGCCAACUUUUAUUUCGUACCACUGCACCACAGAUUGGCUGUGGUCCAGGUUGUGGCGGUGGUUUGGAACUCGUACCUCUCCUGGAAGGCCAACCAGAUGUGACAGGUGCCUCCAAAAGAGAGCUGUGCUACUGUACCUCAUUUGCAAGACAAUAAUGUGUGACUGAGAGAGAGUGGCUUCGCAGAUCGAUUGUGUACUUGAAAAGGAAGAUUGUUCUUUUUCCAGCUUAAAGUGAUACUGUCCAAUUUUUGGAAAUAAGCU